AUGUCGACCAAUGUUUCCUUCAACGGCACGAACUCUGGAUAUCAGGCGGGGAUGAUCAAUGCAGGUGGCAAUGUCACCACAAAUAUUGUACAAUCAGAACCGUCGUCGGCCCAGGCAUGCCUAUGGGAUUUGCGGGUCACCGAUCCUGAAGAUGAUAUGGAACGGAUCAAGAAAACCAAAGGAGGUCUGCUUGAGGAUUCAUACCGCUGGAUUCUAGAUAACGAGGAGUUCAAACGAUGGCGAAGCAACCAAAAUCAAAGCAACCCUCUCCUCUGGAUCAGAGGUGAUCCUGGAAAAGGCAAGACGAUGCUCCUGUGUGGUAUUAUCCAAGAGUUGACGCGAUCUGUCGGGGGUAUUGCGAAUGUCUCAUUUUUCUUCUGUCAAGCUACGGAUGGGCGAAUCAAUACUGCGACAGCCGUUCUUCGUGGCUUAAUAUAUUCCCUUGUCUGGAAACAGCCGCAUUUGCUGCAACAUGUGCGAGGUCGGUAUGAAAAAGCAGGGAAAUCACUUUUCGAGGGCGUGAAUGCAUGGAGUGCCCUCGCAAGCAUCUUCACGGAUAUUCUGAAAGAUCCAGACUUACGGAGUACCUAUUUAGUAAUCGAUGCGGUAGAUGAAUGCAUAACUGGUCUUCGCUUUCUUCUGGACCUGGUGAUCCAGGAAUCAUCGGGCCACACACAGUCAAAGAAGGCCCAGUUAAAAUGGAUUCUCUCUAGCCGUAACUGGCCUGACAUCAUCGAGCGUCUUGACACUGUAACACAGAUAGCGCCUAUCUCAUUGGAGCUGAAUGAGGCAUCUGUCUCUAAAGCUGUGAGCAUAUUUAUUCAAUAUAAGGCUUCCCAGUUGGCGAGUGUGAAGAAAUAUGGUGACAAAACCCACGAUACCGUCUGCCGUUACUUAUUAUCACACUCGCAAAAUACUUUUCUUUGGGUGGCCUUAGUCUGUCAAGAACUUGAUAAAUCUCCGCGAAGGAAAAUUCUCAAGAGCCUAAGUGCAUUUCCAUCUGGAUUGGACGCUCUCUAUGAUCGGAUGAUUGACCAGGUUCACCAGUCGGAUGAUGCUGAACUCUGUAAGCAGAUACUAGCUAUCAUGUUAACAGUCUACCGGCCUAUCACUCUUCACGAAAUGUCCUCACUUAUUGAAGUUCCGGACGAUGCACUUGAUGAUGAUUACGAUGACUAUAAAUUCCUUUCAGAGGCUAUCGCAGUUUGUGGCUCGUUCCUGACAUUACGGGAAGACACUAUCGUUUUUGUCCAUCAGUCAGCAAAGGAUUAUCUGCUCCGGAAAGCAACGAAUGAGCUGUUUCCUAACGAUAUUGGAGCUGAACACUAUAAUAUUUUCACGCAUUCUCUCGAAACUAUGCGCAGGAUACUUCGGCGUGAUAUCUUUGACAUCAAAUUGCCUGGAAUUCCGAUCAAGGACGUCAGACCUCCCAGAAAAGAUCCAUUAGCAGCGGCACAAUACGCGUGUGUAUACUGGGUAGACCAUCUUCAGAACAGUACGCGCAAUAACACCAAUACGCUUGAUAAGGGAGGUCCUGUGGAUCUAUUUAUACGGCAGAGUUAUCUUUACUGGCUUGAGGCCUUGAGCCUUUUGGGAAGCGUUUCAUAUGGUAUCCAAGCCAUGCAAAAACUUGAGGUAUUGAUUCAGAAGGAAAGUGAUUCACAAGCCCUAUUGGACCAGGUUCGAGAUGCCUAUAGGUUCACUCGAUAUUACAGAACAGCAAUCGAGAUCAGCCCGUUACAAGUAUAUUGCACACCUCUGAUCUUUAGCCCAACAAGUAGCCUUACAAGAAGGCAUUUUCAAAUGGAAAGACCAGAUUGGGUUCUGAAUAAUCCGAUUGUAGAGGAAGAUUGGAGCCCUUGUCUUCAAACUCUCUAUGGGCAUAGUCAUUUCGUUAAAUUCAUUGCCUGGUCUCAAGAUGGAAGCCGACUCGCCUCAGCGUCUCUUGAUAGAACGGUCAUGAUCUGGGAUCCAGCCACCGGCCAUAGUAUAUCCUUCAAGGGGCAUAAUGAUUCGGUCAAUUCAAUUGCCUGGUCUCCAGAUGGAAGCCGACUCGCUUCGGCAUCAUCUGAUGCGAUGGUCAAGAUCUGGGAUCCAGCCACCGGCCAUAGUAUAUCCCUCGAGGGGCAUAGUGAUUGGGUCAAUCCAAUCGCUUGGUCUCAAGAUGGAAACAAACUUGCCUCUGCAUCUAGAGAUAGUACAGUCAGAAUCUGGGAUCUGACUACUGACCAGAGUAUAUCUCUCGGGGGACAUAUUGGUUGGGUCAAUUCAAUUGCCUGGUCUCCAGAUGGAAGCCGACUCGCCUCGGCGUCUUCUAAGACGGUCAAGAUCUGGGAUCUAGCCACCGGCCAUAGUAUAUCUUUCAAGGGGCAUAAUGAUUCGGUCAAUUUCAUUGCCUGGUCUCCAGAUGGAAGCCGACUCGCCUCGGCGUCUUCUAAGACGGUCAAGAUCUGGGAUCUAGCCACCGGCCAGAGCAUAUCACAUAAGGGGCAUAGUGAUUGGGUCUAUUCAAUCGCUUGGUCUCAGGAUGGAAGCAGACUUGCCUCGGCAUCUGAUGAUAGGACAGUCAAGAUUUGGGAUCCAGCCACAGCUCAAUGUGUUUCGACAAUCGAUAUUAGCUUCCAAGCAUUCCUUCAAUCUAAUCAAAUCUAUUUUGAUUAUCUGGAUGCCAGUGUUGUUAUCUCAAAAGAAUCUUUCGAGUCAAAUGGAUAUAGCUUGAGUGAUGAUCAUGUCUGGAUAACCUAUCAUGGAGUCAACUUCUUGUGGCUGCCUACCGAAUAUCGACCAUUAUACACACCACAUUAUGCUUUUUUCAGCAACAAAUUAGCAAUUGGAUGCUCAUCUGGUCAUGUUCUUUUUCUCGAGCUCGCAGAACAGAGCCUCAUCACUGAUCAUUGA